AUGAUUAACGAUACUGACCCAGAGUCGUUUUUGCGGCAACAUGUUGGACGAACCUUAGGCUGCAUUCAUUCUCGGCCUGAAUUCAAAGAUAUAAAGGGAUCUGCAGAGAGAGCAGUUAUGGAUAAAGAGCUCAAGAGUUUCAUAUAUGGGUAUUAUUACUAUAUGAUUUCAGACAGUGGUAGGCUUCUUCCGCAUAUGUUUACUGCUACAAAUGAGCGUGAAUUCCCCAAGAAUGUCGACCAAGCAAUGGAAAUCAAGCUGAGUUCGAAACCCUGGUAUAAGAUCGAUGAGAAUGGCGGGCAUUCGAAAUUCAACCACGCUGGCAGAAUAUGUGGUGCGAAGUUUAGAGUAGGCGAACCGAUCUACCGUUGUAAGGAGUGUUCAUUUGAUGAUACUUGUGUGCUAUGUGUAAACUGUUUCAAUCCAAAGGAUCACGUUGGUCAUCACGUAUAUACGUCGAUCUGCACAGAAUUCAAUAACGGUAUAUGUGAUUGUGGUGACAAGGAGGCAUGGAACCAUGAAUUGAACUGUAAAGGUGCUGAAGAUAAUGGUCGUUUGGAAGACGAGUUUGACGACCAUGAUGGCAAGAUUUCUAAGAUGCUAGAAAGCGUCCUAAUAGAAUUAUUUGAUCAUUUCAUCGAUGUCUUCAACCAAAACAUUGAGCCAUUAACAACAAUUCAAAAACCACUCAUUGCGAAACUUAGAUACUUCAUCCAGAACGGGAAAUAUAAUGAACAAGCUGACAUGCUGAGGCGAUUGGCAUAUAGAAAUCAAUACAUGGACGAAGAGGAGUCCCAGCAACAAACGCCAUCUACAUCGUUAGAUCCCUUGAGUACACUUAAAGAUUAUGCUAUUUUGGUAUACAACGAUGAAUUUCAUAACUAUUCGCAGGCUUCUGCUGCCAUUAGACAAGGUGGGCCUGAUAACAAACAUAUUGAUUUAUUGACUGCGAAGAUCGAUUCUGAGGGGAGAUCAUUGUUGAGAUGCAGCGCUGAUAUCGCAUCUUUAAUGGGAGGAUUCUUUUCCGUUCAAAGUAACGGGUUGAGCUGCACAAUAACUCAAUGGUAUGAAUAUCUACAUCAAGAAGCCUGUAAGUAUAGCAUAAUGUGGAUUAAUGAUUGUUUGAAUAUCCCAAACUCUACUUUCCAAAGCCUUUUCAGAAAUGCUAUAGGCAAAGUUCUAUGUUCCAAGUACGAACCUUUUUAUCAGUCUAUCGAUAUGACCUCAGUUGUUAGAGAUUACUUUUCAGAUAGUUACCUGAGUGAUGAUCCAUAUUUGUAUGCGGAUCAUUCGGUUUUGGGUGAAGGUGUCAAGAUCCCUCUUGGAAGACAUAAAUCCCUAGAUCCUGGAGACAUAUCUGCUAUUUCCCCCAUCUUGAAUAAAGUAAUAGCAGAAGAUCAUCAUGAAUAUACUAAUUCUAGGUUGCAAUACGUGUUGUUCCUCGAAAACAGGUACUGGAAGAAGCUUAGAAAAAUAGUUCAGGAUCUAAUUAUACCAACACUAGCAUCAAGUGCUGUGCACAAACCAAUGUUUACUGAUCAGCUAGUCGAAAUUUUCCCACACAUGACACGAAGUGUGACCUUCAUGGAUCGUGAACCUCAACUUACAUCAUUAAGGGAGAGUGUCGUUCAGUUAUUCACCUGCCCAACUACGGCUUACAGUAUUUUUCACAGUGGACAUUUCAACUACGUCAUAUGGUCAGUGAUUGACGUUUUUGUUGACUUUUCUACCAUGGAUGAGGGCACGUUGGUUUGGCAACGGGUUCAGAGAAGUAACCCUUCUAAAAGCUACAGUAUAUCAUUCAAACAAGGAUUGUAUGCUGUAGAAACUUUACUCAGUAAAAUCACUGACCCUAAUCUAUUGUUGAAACCGGGAGAGUUUAUCAUGAUUGUAACACUAUGUAAACUCUUCAACGGCGCAUGGAAGAUUAAAAGAAAGGAAGGAGAGCAUGUUUUAAGGGAAGACCAGCAUUUUAUUCCAUAUUUGGAGUAUACGACAUCAGUCUAUAGCAUCAUUCAGACUUUUGAUAAAGUUUUGCAGCAAUCAAAGGAUCACAUUGACCAGCGAUUGCUUAUUGGGGCCAUCAACUUAUUGGAUUCAUUUUUGGGACAUAGAAACUUGUCAUACAAAUUAUACAAAGACUUUGAAAUCAUAAAAUUCCAAAUCAGCAAAGAACGAGUUUCAUUUAUGAAUCCCGUUCAUACUUUGUUUUCUUUCCUUGUGCAGCAUGUUCCCUUACAGGUGUCAAUUCAAGUUUUAUCUCAAUCCAAAGACUAUCUAGUUAUUUCGGAUUUUGCUUUGAGAUCUGUCGUCUUAUGUUCGCAAAUCGAUAUAGGAUUUUGGGUUAGAAAUGGUAUGUCAGUUCUUCACCAGUCAGCAUAUUACAAGAACAAUCCUGAAAUGAGCUCCUAUAGCAGAGACAUACAACUUAAUCAAUUGGCGUUUCUAAUUGAAAAAAACGAUUUUCAAAGAGUCAUCUAUAACAUGUUAGAUAGGUGGGAAUUACUUGACUGGUUUGAUGGAAGUGUUCCCUCGACAGAGACAGUGUACGAUGAUAAAAUAUCGUCGAUUAUUCAACAAUUCGUUGCAUUCCUAUAUCAGAUAUUGGUGGAAAGAGACUUUUAUAAAAAGUUCGAUACCCUGGAAGAAACACAAUUGUACAACAUUAAGAAUGCCAUUAUUUAUAAACUAUACGCUGAACCACUAUCAUACACUGACUUAUUGAACGAUAUACCCGAUUACCUUACUGAAAGUGUUUCCCAAUUUGAUACAGUUCUCGAAGAAGUUUCUACGUACAUUGAGCCCAAAGGGCUCGAAGAUAAUGGUGUUUUCAAACUAAAGAAGGAACUCUACAAGAGAAUAGAUUCCCUGCGGUUACUGAAUAUGGGAAAUGAUUUUGAACAUAGUGCCACGAUUGUUAAGUCACAUUUAGCUGAUAGCAAGGAAAAACGGGCCAAAAUAAUUGUCAAACCCCAAUUACUUGAAUUAGAUGAAUUAGACCCAUGUGCGCGAGAACUAGGAAGCUUCACAAGAACAAAUCUCUUUGCGAAGUUGAUAUUCAAGCUAUUAAAGUUGGCUGUCUCCGAUUCCAGUUUUUCGUUUACUUACGAGCUACUUCAUUUAAUUCAUGCCAUUUUUAGAGACGACGAAAUGGUCAAUGGUAAAGAUUCUUUGCCAGAGGCGUAUAUUAGCAAACCAAUAUGUGAUUUGUUAUUGAGCAUUGUUGACUCUGAAAGCGGAUCGUUUUCUGAGAAUGUCGUGGCAACUGCUGAUUACCUUCUAGAUAACAUGAUCAUGAAGCGCCCAACGGCAGUUUUAGAAUCUCUAACAGAGUGUUUCGGAACAAAGUACAUCGCGGACUACAAAAUCAGAAAAGCAAAUCAAGGUGUAAAUUUCGAGGAGACAGAGCAGGAGCGUAAAAGAAGGUUAGCCAAAAAUCGUCAACAACAGAUUAUGAAUAGAUUCUCCCGUCAGCAGAAAAAAUUCAUGGACAAGCACGAGGAGUACAGUGCUGGUAAUGACGAAGAUGUGGAUAUGGACGGAGAAGAUCUGGCAGGAGAACUCAAUGAAUUUCACUGCUCUCUUUGUCAUGACGAUGUGUCAGAUGAUUUUUUUGUUAUCCCAAUUUAUCAAAACUACUCUCCUGUCUUUCUAUCGUCCAACCCUACGCCAAUGGAAAUAUACAAACCAUGGCAUGGCUUUGACAAUAACGAACACCUCGCCACUUAUAACACAGAUUUGUUUUACAAGAAAAAAGAAAACGGAGCUAGUCAACUAAUGCAUGAGUCUACACAGAAGGUUCUUGUAUCUUGUAAUCAUGCCGUGCACUAUCGCUGUUUCAAACAUUAUAUUGAUAAGAAGCGGUAUAGUACAGAUCUCUUCAUCUGCCCAUUAUGUCAAACGUAUUGUAAUUCAGUCAUACCUGUCGAUACAGUUAAACUUCAAUCUGGUGAUAGGCUUUUGCAACAGAAAUUGACUGGAGGCUUGGAUGAAUCUUUAUUGCUAACUUUUUCUGAGUACAGCUCUGAAUGUAACGACGAAGUUGGAAAAAUAAUACUAUCUCUCAAAGAUUCUAACAAUGGUCUACGGUUAAAUCGCAAUGAUCCUACUUGGAUCCAGGAUAGGUUUUUAACUCUCUCUCUUCAGUUUUCUAACAACAUCUGUAUGCUAGAGAUGUUGUCCAGGCUUAAUAAAGAUCCUUUUGGAACACUCUUAUCAGGUGAAGAACAGAAAUUUAAGACACUGCAGAACAUUCUCAAGUCCUUGGCUGUCUACACACGAUUAACUAAGCAUACUGAAGAGAAUGUACUCAAAUUCUAUGAAGAUAUUCGUAGCAGCAAUUUACCAAGUUAUCCGUUUUUCCGAGUUGUUGAAACGGUAUUAAGGUCUAGACUUUCCUUUAAGGAUUGUUUACAGGAAGUACUCGUGGAGCGUUUGAAGGGUCUGACAAAAGACUUUGGGUCUUUCUAUAGGAAAUAUGAAUCCGAGCUUCGAGCCCAGACUUGCCUUGACUCCUCUGAAUUUUCAAUUGUAUUGAAAACAACGAUAUUAGGAGCUGGAUUUGGUGAUCAAGUUGAAAAGCACACCUUGGAUUUGUUCUAUACCUUCUUAAUUUCUGAAUUGCUACCUACGCUAAGGAGAUCAAUUAUCUUGCUGAAGGCCUUAAAGCAAUUUAUGACAGGGGGGGAUGAUUUAGAUUUUAAUGAAAAAGAUGUGCUGAGUGGUAGCCUUACUUCCGAAAGCAAAGAAAAACAUUUCCAUCUUUUGAUAAGAUUUUUGCUCCAGACUGAUUUUUAUGACUUGUUGAUGAAUUCGCAUUCUCCUCUCUCCCCUGAAAGCUCCUUGGUUAAUGCUCCACAUGAGUACUGCAGUAUCAUCAAAUUAACCGAUUUAGCAACUCAUUUGAAUACUUAUGUGACUAAUAAUAAAAACAUUACUUUGCGUGAAGAGAAUGAUCAAAAAAUUAGAAAUACUGUCAACAGACUUGAUUAUAAAAUUUGUUUGAUAUGUGGUGUCAAGAUUCACGCACGUACAGAUGGCCUUGAAAUGCAAAAGCACAUGGAAAGGUGUUCCCAUGGUUCCAGUGGGUUGUUUUUAAUUCCUAAUAUCAGUCAAGUGUGCCUCUAUUUAAGUAGACCGGACUGUACCGUCAACAUUUCGGCCCCUUAUUUGAACUCACACGGUGAAUCAGGAAGAAACGCUAUCGAACGAGGUGAUCUAACAGUAUUAAAUCAUGCUAGAUAUGAACAUUUAACUCGUCUUUGGAUUUCAAAUGGUAUCCCCGGUUAUAUCAGCCGAGUAAUGGGGGACGAAUUCAGGGUUGCGAUGGCAAAUAACCGAACAUUUACGAGGAACAUGUUUUGGAGACCUGGUGCUGCUUUCAACGCUGGUGGGGAGAGCAGUGACGAGGACCUUAUGAACGAUGAUGAGUUUGGGAAUGAUGAUCGUCCAGAUCUAAGGUUUAGACAGCCUGAUGUUGAAUUACGCAUCAAUGGUGGACCAUUCGGUGGAGAUAUCCCUAUAAGAUUACCAACCGAAAGAGGUGACAUACAUGAUUUUUUCGAGUUUGUUCAAAACAUGAGAGGGGGUAUGCAAGGUGAUGGCGCAGACAUUCCGACUACAGAAGAUAUCAUUGAACAACUGCAAGGAAAUGCAAUGAAUGGAUUCUUCGGCCGUGCAGAUAGAAAUAGAGAGCACUUUGAACUGAAUGAUCAAAGUGACGGCAAUGAAGAUGGUGAGGACGAAGAGCACGAAAACAACGCUUCGGAAGAUCAAGACACGGAAUACAGUUCUGCAGAAGAAGGUUUUGAUUUCAACGAGUUAAAUAACGUAGAAUGA